CUCUCAUCAUAGCAACAACAAUGGCCGCUUUUCGCAGACUGGCUUCAAUCGUAAACAGGUUAAAUGUCUGGUCCGCUCCGAGAAACGAGCUCCUCGGCGCUCAGACGACUACCGGAGGUAGGACACAGAGAUGCCUAGCUGUUGGGAUGUGUCUCGCAACCGGGGGAGCGGUGGCAUUUUAUUUUUACAACGACAUGUACAGUCAAAGAUGCAGGAAGAGGAUGGGAUAUCGCUUCAGUGGCCGCGACCUGCUCCCUGUCCUUUCCGCUGUAGAAGCACAGCAAAAGACGCGGCCGUUUGACUUUGAGGAAGGAGACGUGUACAUGUCGUCCCACGAGCAGCGCUUCCGUCUGUUCAGCUCAGUGGAAUAUGAGGGACAGCUCUACAUGACCCCACAGAACUUCAUCGAGUCCGUCACCAUGAGCGAGCCCCGGAAAGCUGACAUUUCGCCGGCUGCUAUGAGAGAAAGAGAAGGUGCUCACAGCCCAGUGAGGAUUUCAGUGGGAACGGCCCAUGACAAGAAGCCGUGGAUGUCCCUCACUAAACAGGAACUGGAGAAGAUCUUGGGAGAUACUCCAGCGGUGUGGCAGGGAACGUCCAAACUGUUCCGGAACCUACGGGAACGAGGCAUCAUCGCUUACACCGAGUAUCUCUUUCUGCUCUGCAUUCUGACAAAGCCCCACGCAGGCUUCAAGAUCGCCUUCAACAUGUUUGACGCCGACGGCAACCAGAUGGUUGACAAGAGGGAGUUCCUAGUGCUGCAGGAGAUCUUCAGGAAGAAAAAUGAGAAGAAAGGGAGGAAAGGAGAUGUGGAGAAGUCAGCUCAGCUGAGUAUGCAGCUCUAUGGAUAUCAGGUUGCUCCCAUCAACAGCGUGGUUAAAAAAGACAGUCGUCAGUUUGUGGCCCGGAGCUAUUGGGACGUUCUGAGGCGCGGCGCCAGUCAAGCCCUGUUCUCAGACCUGGCAGAGCGUGCGGAGGAGGGUAUGAUGAUUGACACCACACUACUGGUGCACUUCUUUGGGAAGAAGGGGAAGGCGGAGCUGACUUUUGACGACUUCUACAGGUUCAUGGAUAACCUCCAGACAGAGGUUUUGGAGAUAGAGUUCCUGACCUACUCUAAAGGCAUGACCACCAUCAGUGAGGAGGACUUUGCCCGCAUCCUGCUGCGUUACACCAACGUAGAGAACAUCAGCAGUUACCUGGACAACGUCCGCCAGAGCAUCCCUGACGAGAAGGGCAUCACCUUCGACGAGUUCCGCUCCUUCUUCCAAUUCCUCAACAACCUGGAGGACUUUGCCAUCGCCAUGCAGAUGUACAACUUUGCCAGUCGCUCCAUUGGCCAAGAUGAGUUUGGGCGGGCUGUGUACGUGGCCACAGGCCUGAAGCUGACACGUCACCUGGUCCACACCAUCUUCAAGAUCUUUGACGUGGACCACGACGACCAGCUGAGCUACAAGGAGUUCAUCGGCAUUAUGAAGGACCGGCUGCACCGCGGAGGGAGGGGCUACAAAACCGCAGAGCGAUUCACUUCCUUCAAGUCCUGUAUGAAGAAGGAGCUAGCUGGCAGCAGGUGAACAGGAAACAACAUGCCUCCUUCCCCAUCUGCCUGCGUGCCGAGGCCAGGAAACAGGUCCGCCAACUCUAGAGGAGGUUCCAGGCUAGGGUUUAAAGAAGGAGGAACAGGAUGAUGAGAAGAGGAAGUGGAGGACGAAGAAGUGGAGGAAGAUGAGGAGAAUAGGAUGACGAAGGUGAGGAUGAAGACAAGGAAAAGAGAUGGAGGGGGACUGGAGGUGAAUGAUUCCAUGAACAAUCUGCAGGGGAACAUUGUGGUUUUAAGUCUACGUUCUCAGUCACCAUCCCCUCCACUAGCAUGCAGAGAGGCUGCCAUUUUGCAAGAGACAUCUCAUUGGUUUCAGUUCUCCAGUUUAUUCAAUCGUGGAUCAAUUCCACAAUCCAUAUUCCUCCCAUUGCAAGUAGGCCAGUGAUGUAUAGCCUACACUACUGCACCUAGUAUUUAAGCAGUACUCUCCAAACAUUUGAAAAGCACAAAAAAAUUACAGUUUACAGAAAGUUGUAACUAAUCUCUGAUUACUCAUAAUAUAGAACGAUUUAUGGUAAAAAAAAAAAAAAAUGCUCGUAUCACAUUAAGGUUUGUAAUAUAAUAAUAUAUAAUAAUGGUCAAAUAAAGACUGUGACUUACAUUACAGUAAGAGCCUGCAUGGUCAAGUGUAGUAUCUGUAUCAAAUGCCUUUACCAGUGAGAGAAAGGUAUGGGAGAAGGAAGAGAAUCUUAAUGUCUUAAUCAUGUAUUUUUCUAUUCAUGUUUUUUUCCAGUUUACACAGGCCUAGUUGCAUAUAUUCAGCAGCAAGUUUGGUCAUCUGGCUAGAUAAUAAAGAUCAAUACAUAGCCUACAAAUGCAAUGAAUUCUACAAUGAAGCAAUAGUAGUAUGUUUUUGAAAUGUUUGCAAUUGAUGAUCUUCCAAAUGAGAGAAAGAGAGAGCAAGAUCAUGAUAUUCCUUUAAGACUCCUUAUCUUCUGUCUAUUGUGUGUGUUACGCUUGUAAUGAUUAGGCGGGGAAGAAGUCUAACUUUUUUUCAUGUGUGCCUUGUUUUCUACAUGUCUUCCCUGUCAAAACUAAUUCCAUUCCAGCAACAAAUUUCGUUGAAAAUAUAACUUUUCGGAAAGCAAAUUGCUGACCUGCCCUCCUACCAGUGUACUGUGCAACCUAGGUUUCCUUGAUUCACUAUGUAAUUGACCAACAUUUCAUCUCAAUUGGAAAUUAUUAGAUUUAUUUAUUGAAUUACUGAACAGCAAUAUUAUGAGCAGACGUUUUGAUUUUAAGUUUUGACCAGUUAGCAUGAUAGUGAUUUAAUUAUGUUCAACGAUUCAAGGUGUAUAUCUGUAUUUAGUUUGAAUAUUAAAUAACUUAAAUGGUUCGACUUAACUGGUUUAUAGUUACUCUGCGUAUUUGCAUUACAUUAGACGCUAUAGAACAUAUAAACACAUUUCUCGACCAUUCCCUCAACUAAGCGGUGAAGUGUGUGGUUGGUGUGAAAAUAAAUUGACAGAAUGCAAGUGAAAAGUGUGAUGAAAGCACGAAUAAAGACUUUUGAAUGAAA